UUUCCAGUAGUUCCAAACAGUAGCAAAAGUAAAAUGUUAUGUUUGGAUUAUAAUUUUUAAAGAAAAAGUUUCAAACUUUGCUUUGAAUUCUCUAUUUUAUUUAUCAAAAUUCUCAAUCACAAGCUGAUAAAAGAUUACAAAUUUACAAACUUUUUCUCUAACCCCAGAUAGAAAAUGCCUCUAAUCCGAAGAAAAAAGCCCACUGAAUCAGAUUCAAAGACAAAUCAAACUGAAGAACAAGAACAAGAACACCAAGAACAAGAAGAAGAUGACAAACAUAAUAAAAAAAAGAAACAAAAUCCGAAGGAUAAGAAAAAUACCGAACCAAUCAAGCCAAAAUGGUCCUGCAUAGAUGGUUGUUGCUGGCUGGUUGGUUGGAUAUGCGUAACAUGGUGGCUUUUACUGUUUCUUUUCAAUGCAAUGCCUGCUUCUUUGCCUCAAUAUGUUACUGAGGCUAUCACCGGUCCUUUGCCGGAUCCUCCCGGUGUUAAGCUCAGAAAAGAGGGGCUGAAAGCUAAGCAUCCGGUGGUGUUUGUUCCCGGGAUUGUUACUGCUGGACUUGAAUUGUGGGAGGGUCAUCAGUGUGCUGAUAGUUUGUUCAGAAAAAGGCUUUGGGGUGGUACUUUUGGUGAAGUUUAUAAGAGGCCUCUCUGCUGGGUGGAGCAUAUAUCACUAGACAAUGAAACUGGUUUGGAUCCUCCUGGUAUAAGGGUCAGGGCAGUCUCUGGACUAGUGGCUGCUGAUUACUUUGCUCCAGGCUAUUUUGUGUGGGCAGUUCUGAUUGCUAACUUGGCACGGAUUGGAUAUGAGGAAAAAACAAUGUACAUGGCCUCAUAUGAUUGGAGACUUUCAUUUCAGAACACUGAGGUCCGUGACCAAACGUUGAGCAGCAUAAAGAGUAAUAUAGAACUUUUGGUUGCUGCAAAUGGCGGAAACAAGGCUGUUAUUGUUCCACAUUCCAUGGGUGCUUUGUACUUUCUGCAUUUUAUGAAGUGGGUUGAGGCACCAGCUCCAAUGGGCGGAGGGGGUGGACCGGAUUGGUGUGCAAAGCAUAUCAAGGCGGUCAUGAAUAUCGGGGGUCCAUUUUUAGGUGUUCCAAAAGCCGUUGCUGGCCUUUUCUCUGCUGAAGCAAGGGAUAUUGCUGUUGCCAGGGCCAUCACACCAGGCUUCUUGGACAAUGAUAUGUUCCGUCUACAGACAUUGCAACAUGUGAUGAGAAUGUCUCGUACAUGGGAUGCAACCAUGUCGAUGAUUCCAAGAGGUGGAGACACUAUAUGGGGUGAUGUUGACUGGUCACCUGAAGAAGGUUACAUUCAUAGAAAAAGAAAGCAAACAAAUAAUGCAACUGAUAAUACAAACCAAGAUGGAGAGGAAAGUGAGAUUUCUCAAAAGAAGAGUGUUAAAUAUGGAAGAAUGAUAUCGUUUGGGAAAGAUGUAGCAGAAGCACCUUCAUCUGAAAUUGAGAGGAUUGACUUCAGGGGUGCCGUAAAGGGUCAGAGUAUUGCAAACAAUACGCGCGUUGAUGUGUGGACAGAGUACAAUGAUAUGGGUAUUGGAGGUAUUAAAGCUGUUGCAGAAUAUAAGGUCUAUACUGCUGGAUCAAUCAUAGACCUGCUUUAUUUUGUUGCCCCAAAAAUGAUGAACCGUGGUAGUGCUCAUUUCUCUUACGGAAUUGCUGACAAUUUGGACGACCCAAAGUACGAACACUACAAAUAUUGGUCGAAUCCCCUGGAAACAAAGUUACCAAAUGCUCCCGAAAUGGAAAUAUUUUCCAUGUAUGGCGUCGGAAUACCAACUGAAAGAGCUUAUGUUUACCAGUUAUCUCUAGCUGCUGAGCGCUACAUUCCAUUUCAGAUUGAUACAUCAGCUGAUGAGGGAGGUGAAGAUGGCUGUUUGAAAGACGGAGUGUAUACUGUUGACGGGGACGAGACUGUUCCUGUUUUAAGUGCCGGGUUCAUGUCUGCUAAAGCUUGGCGUGGGAAAACGAGGUUCAAUCCUUCAGGAAGUCGAAAUUACAUUAGGGAGUAUGAUCAUUCACCUCCAGCUAAUUUGCUAGAGGGCCGAGGCACACAAAGCGGUGCCCAUGUCGAUAUAAUGGGUAAUUUUGCUUUAAUUGAGGAUAUUAUGCGAGUAGCAGCUGGUGCUACAGGAGAAGAGUUAGGAGGUGAUCGAGUUUACUCAGAUAUCUUUAAGUGGUCUCAGAAGAUCAACUUACCACUAUAAAUUGCAAGAAACGAUUUUCUCGACAGCUUUCUGUUCCGCUUGUGCUUGCCGUGGAUACUAUAAUUCUGAAACCAGAGAUAUCUGAAAGUGAUUGUGAUUGAAGUUGCAAAGCUGGCUGCACAGCAGCAUUCAUAUUCUGAUAUUCACUUAUCCAUUAAUGUAAAGAUGAAUUACAGUUCUUAUUGUCCUUGCUUUAAUUACCAUUCAUUUGAUAUAUAGUAAAUAAAUAUAUAUCUUCUGUAAUUCUUAUUGCUGAGACAUCAAAGAUGGAAAUAUUAGUAUAUAAAUUCUACA